AUGGACACGAUUCAUCAAUCAAGUCGCGCCGGCGACGACAAGGCGGUGUUUCAGCACUAUGAGAACAGUGACUCAGAACGAAACAGUGGUCGAGAAAAGGCUGGAUCAGGAUCUGAAGAAGCCAUGCAUGAGUCGGAGAUGGACAUCCCGAUGACCUUCCGUCGUUUCAUGGGCUUUGUCGCCAUGGCUUUCUUGUGGACUGGAAGCCAAAUCCCGGUCUAUCUUUUUGGUGGCAUCCCACCCUAUAUCUAUGGAGACAUCGGUGGCGCAGACCGAUGGGUCUGGUUUGUUCUGGCAAACCUGCUCGGCCUGGCAGGUGUAUGUCCUUUCGUUGGAUCUAUAUCCGAUUUAAUCGGACGUCGCCCAGUCGCUAUCAUCGGAGCAUCCCUAAUUGUCAUUGGAAUGAUUGUGUGCAGCACAGUGAACACAAUGAACUACUUUAUUGCGGGAAUGGCCAUUGCUGGAGCCGGUGCUGGAAUCAAUGAACUGACUGCCUUGGCUGCGACCUCGGAAAUGGCACCGACUAGGAAAAGAGGCGUUUACGUAUCGGCACUCAUUUUCACCAUCGUACCAUUCUGUCCGUCCGUGCUGUGGGCUCAGCUUAUCGCAUAUUACAGCCAUUGGCGCUACGUGGGAGCUUUCUGUGGUGCAUGGAGCGCUUUUGGACUAUUGGUCACAAUCUUCUUUUACUUCCCUCCCCCACGGGUCAAUUCCCAAGGACUCAGCAAGAAGGAGAUCAUUGGACGAAUUGACUUUGUGGGUGGCUUCCUCAGUAUCACAGGACUAAUUGUCUUUUUGGCUGGCUUGCAAUGGGGUGGAUAUAUGUAUCCCUGGAGCUCAGCCCAUGUUCUGGCACCGUUGAUCAUUGGGUUCCUUCUGCUUGUUGCAUUUGCCUUCUGGGAAAUCUACGGUGCCAAGUAUCCUAUCUUCCCUUCCCGCUUGAAGCAAGAGCCUCGCACGCUCGGUCUUACCCUUGUGAUCACAUUCAUUUCCGGCGCCAACUUCUUCUCAGUACUGAUGUUUUGGCCUACUGAGUCAUUCAACGUCUAUGGCCAUGAUCCGGUCGAAGUUGGUGUUCGCAGCAUUCCAAUUGGAUUUGGAAUCAUGGCAGGAGCCUGUAUCGUCCUCGCGUUGCUCUCUGUUCUCAGGGGGCACAACAAGGAGCUCUUGAUCAUAAGCAGCGUUCUCAUGACAGCGGGUUGUGGAGCUAUGUCGAUCGGACGUACGGAUAACAUGUACCAGCUUUGGGGUAUUCUUGUUCUCGCAGGCCUCGGCAUCGGGGGCAUAGUAGUCCCUGCCUCGAUCAUCACCACAAUAAUCUGCCCAGAUGACCUCAUUGCCACCAUCUCCGCGCUCACACUAUCUAUCCGUGUUGUAGGCGGUAGUAUUGGCUAUACUAUCUAUUACAAUGUCUUUAUUUCCAAGUUUGUGCCGGCAGCAACCCACUACAUCGGAGGUGUGAUGAUGACAGAGCUCAAUAUCACCGAUGUCAAACUCAUCGGUGAAGCAAUUGAGUUGACAGGUGCUUCGCUACUGGAUGAACUGCGCCUGAUUCCCGGAAUUGCUGGCAACGAAACCGCCUACCAAAUGGUGGUGGGAGCAGGGCAAAUCGCCUAUGCCGAAGGAUACAAGUGGGUAUACUAUGUGAGCAUUGCAUUUGGGGGUGUCUCUAUCCUGGCCGCUUGCUUUAUGGGAAGCAUCAAGAAGUACAUGACAGACCAUGUCGCGGUUGUGAUGUGA